AAGAAACAAUCUCCGCAAUAUUAAAGCUGAUCCACCCCCUGAAGAAAAAAAAACAUUUUUGGUUCAUACCUGUAGUUGCUGUCUGCAGUACAAGCUUUUGAAUAUGUUUGUGGUCUUGUGUGUUGACAGGAUGUGGAAGCGAUGUACUAUUGCAACACUUGUAGCCAGCCGUUGUGUGGAGCUUGCAGGGAAUCAACCCACAAGGCCAAAAUGUUUGCCCGCCAUGAUAUUGUCUCCCUUGCCAAACGCACAAAGGAGGUCCACAAAAAGUGUGCCCUCCAUGACGAGCUAUACAUUAUGUUCUCCACAGAGAAGAAGUCCAUGCUGUGUAUCAACUGUUUCAGAGACAUGCAAGUGGAGAGCAGAGCACACUGCAUUGAUAUUGAGACAGCAUAUAUGCAAGGCUGUGAAAGGCUGGACCAAGCUGUAAUAGCGGUAAAAGAGCUCCAGACGUCUGCCAGGGAAGCCAUCAUCAUGCUGAAGGCGAUGAUCAGGGAGGUUCGAGAGAACGUGGAUGAGGAGGAGAGCGCUAUCAGCACACUGUUCAACAACAUGCAGGAAAAACUGUCAGAAAGAAAAAAGAUUCUCCUGAAAGCAGCUCAAAGUCAGCAUGAGGAGAAAGAGAGAGCCUUCAAAGAACAGCUGUCUCAUCUGGCCGCACUCUUACCCACUCUCCAGGUUCAUCUGGUCACUUGCACAGCCUUUCUAAGUUCAGCCAACAAGUUUGAGUUUCUUGACAUGGGAUAUCAACUGAUGGAGAGACUGAAGAAGAUUGUCAAACUUCCACACAGACUGAGACCAGCUCAGAGUAGCAAGAUCAACACAGAGUAUCGGUCCGAGUUUGCUCGUUGCCUUGAGUCUCUGUUACUGCUGGGCCAAAGACGCUCUGUGUCCAUUGCUGGGAGUGUGACUGGAUUGAGUUUGGGCAAUGCCACUGGACUCCUACAGUCGUCCCUGUCCAUGCCCUGCCACUCCCCAGCCAUCAGUGACAUGUCCCUGGGCUCGUCCGUGGUGCGGAAGCCCACCCCCCACCGCUAUUUCAGCACCAAGGUCCUCCUGGCUGAGGGGGGAGAGACCCCCUUCACCGAGCACUGUCGCAACUAUGAGACCAGCUACAGGACGCUGCAGAUGUCCAUUCAGCAGCUGAAGGACCAGGUGCAGGAGACCCACAGGGAUCUGACCAAGCACCACUCCCUCAUCAAGACAGACACCAUGGGAGACAUCCUGGAUACCUCCGUGCAGAUGGACAGACAGAUCUCCUCUGAGUACUCUGCAGUGGAACUCAUGAGGGCCAUGUUUGAGGAGGUCUGGGAGACAACCUUUCAGAGGGUUGCAAAUGAACAAGAAAUCUAUGAAGCCCAGCUUCAUGAUCUGACCCAGCUAAGGCAAGAGAACAGUUAUCUGACCACCAUCGCCAGGCAAAUUGGCCCGUAUAUCCGAUCCAUCGCCAAGGUGAAGGAACGCCUUGAACCCAGACUGAAAGAGCCUAAGGAGCUGAAAGACGACCGUACAGAGGCCAUGCUGAAGAUCUAUGAGGACACCACUGCGGCCAAAGAUAAACAAACCAUUUCAACAAUACUGACAAAUGACCUGACCUGUCAGCCUACCACAGAUGACAACCACACUCUCAGCAACCUCUCUGAUGAGGCUGCCCUCAAGAAUCAUUUCUACUGGCCAGGGAAGCAGAAGACCACAGAGAUAGCCAUUUGGAAGGAGUUGUCUCCCUAAACAACUGGAUAGGGGCAUGGGACUUCACCAACAAAGUGCUCACCUUUGACUUACUGUAUGUAAAUUAUAUUGAAUAUAAAAUCCAAUAUUUCCACAUUGUGUGUAACAAGGUGUAAUGUAUGCUAUGGUAACACCGUCACUGUGUCCAGGUUGGCUUCUUGUAGUAAUUUAAGCAUGCAUCCAUUAUCCAUAUUAGGACUACAUUGGCAACAACAUGAAAGACAACCUAAUGAGGAAGACAAUUUCCUUAGGAUAAACUUUUGAUUUUAUUUGACAGGACAAUGGUGUUCAUUCAAUUCAGAAAAUGUCAGUAGUGAAAAAAAAGUUAUCAACCAAGAGUUAGAUAAGUACACCCUCUGCAUGAUACAUUUUUUAUUUACCUGUAAUAAACUGUAGUAUUGUUAUACUGUAGUGCAACACAACUGGAUUUUUCCACCUUCAGCUCAGCUGUAUCAUGCUUUGAGCAGCAAACUAUCAUAUGUCUGCAGCCAACUGAAUGUGCUCUUAUAUUUAUUAAAACAGAAUCUCAUCUGUAUUCAUGUAACACAUGA